AUGAUUUCUUCGGCUCGAGAUUCUGGCGAUCCCUCGGCUGUGCAGAAGGUUCACCGGUCUAUCGUGGAGUCGGGCAUCACGCAGCUGAUUGUGCAAAUGUUGGACGACCAGGUGUUCGUGGGAGCCCCUGAAGAUGUCACCGAUGCCGCAUGGCAGCUGCUGAUCGAUGUUCUCUGCGAGAAGAGGAGUGCCUCGGGCGUGCAGCAGGUGAGCAAAGCGGUGCAGCAAAGCAUCCUUCAAGUCUGCAAGACAGGCGUGGACGCGGGCAUGUUCGAGUCCUUUCGGGAGAUUCUGGGCAUCGUCAUCAGCAGCUCGGCUGAAGGAAGCUCUGAGGGAAGCCCGACAUGA